AUGGCUAAUGAUGAUAUUUCUACAAGUGUAGUACCAUUAGCUACUCGUCCAAUAUCACGUAAACAUCGAGUUCAUAGUCCUAGUUUAUCGACAGGAACAAAUCAAUCAUCAUCGAAAUUACCUAAUCUUCUUUCAAAAGCUACUUUUAAUACUUCAACAUCUGAUUCAAUGCAAUCAAAACGAUAUCGUUCGCAACAACAAAAAGAUUUUUUUAAUACAUCAUCUUCUAAAUUUGAACGACAAUCGACAAAUAUUAAUUCUCAAACACGUUUACCAACAUUAUAUACUUUAACAAGUGAUAAUGAUCAAAAACGAAUAUCCGAAUUUCGACGAAGACAAAUUUAUGCAUUGAAUCAUUUGAUGCGUGAAUUAGAACAAGAACAAUUUCGCCAAUUUUGUAAAUUACAUAGUAUCGGUACUAAUAAUCAUGAACAUACGGUUAAUAGUAAUGAAGAUGCAAACAAAGAUUCAUUAACAUAA